GAGAAGUAGAUCGCCUUAAAACCCCCCCGUGUUCAGGUUCGUUCGAGAGAUGUGCGUGUGCGCGACCCCGACCGGUACAUUCCCAAGCCUCAACGAAGAGCGGCAAAACCAAUGAUUGCGGUCACGGCAGUGACGGCAGUGACGAGAACAACGACGACAUGGGCGAAUAAGCGGGCGUACCUCACAGAGGACACGAACAACACGAACAUCAGCUUCUUCAACUUCGCCACGUACGAACUACUGUACGUCGUCGUGCCGCUCAUGACCUUCCUCGAUCUGUUGACGCUGUCUUUACGACUUGCGUCUCUGCGGGAUCGUCGGGCACGGCCCCAAGCCGAUGACUAUUCGGCCAUGCUGGCUUCUCUGUUCGCUACUGCGACAGGAGUCAUUGUCCUGUACGGAGCCGUCAAGCGUGUCACCGGUCGACACGAUUGGGACCCAUGGCCUCCGCCAGAAGGGCCCUGGCCGAAGAGCGACUACUCGUGGGAUACCAAGGACACCGACCAUCCAGUGUUCGGCUGGCUAUACCAAAUCCACCUCAAGGUCAACUAUGCCCUCAACUGCAUUCAAGGUGUCGGCAUUGGUGUCGUUCGACUUGCCUUCUUAUUCCUCUUCCGGAAGCUCUUUAGGCACCAAGGGCGCAAAUACAUAAUCCUGAUAGAUGUUCUCAUUGCAUUUGUGGUGGCCUUCAUGCUGGUAUAUACACUGGUCUCUGUCUUCAUGUGCGGCAUACAUUUCGAAGCGCAGUGGACCAACCACGACACGUCAAAGCAGUACUGCUUCACGUCGAUCACGUACAGCUUUUGGUCCACUGUUGUAACGGCUAUUCUCAACAUGACCGUUUUCCUGGUACCAAUGUACCCACUAUCCAAAAUCACAUCAACGUGUACGCUUGAAGCUGAAAUGACUGUCCAAUCUUGGGGGACGUUGCUGACCCUUGCGCGCUCUUGCAGUGACCAAGGAGAUGAGGACUUACGUGUUGAUUUUGAUUACAUUUACAUCUGGCUACGUGAGCAUGGGGCCGGUGACGGUGAUGCAUUUGGCUGGUCCGGAACGACAACGCUUUGGGCCUACACGGAGCUAUCUAUUGGCGCUGCCGUGUGCAACCUACCGGUGAUAUCCCGUUUUCUCAUGCGAAGGUGGUGGGGCGCGUCCAGGCAGGCCAUAGCACGUACUAUGAGCCAGGUUGUGACGAGGAACCGGAGAGUGGUACGCCGGGAAAACGACAUCGAGUCGUUUGCACUGGAGAGCGGCACUCUGGACAUGGCCGCCGGGACGAGAGGGUCCGUAAACGCGACGAACGACAAGCCAGGACAAGGUGCCACUACCGUGAGGGAGUGCGCACAAAAGAGUGGCUCUAGCAAAGAUAAUUGUAGUUCUGAAGGCACUGGUCACACCCAGAGCCAGGACAGGACUAACACACAAAGUAAUGCGUAAC